AUGGAUCAACUCAUAAACAACUUGGAGGUCCAACUUAAUUCAGGAGAUGGCUCAAUGCAGGUAUUAAAACAGGUCACUGCCCCUGUUCAGAUCAGAGAUUCCCCUGAGACAGCAGACAGAGGUAAUAUGACAUCUCCACCACUCCUGGAUGCCAACCCCAUGGAGAACCCAGCACUGUUUAAUGACAUCAAGAUUGAGCCCCCAGAAGAACUUCUGGAUAAUGAUUUCAGCCUGCCCCAGGUGGAACCAGUUGACCUCUCCUUUCACAAGCCCAAGGCUCAUCUACAGCCUGCUAGCAUGCUGCAAGCUCCUAUAUAUCCUCCCAAGCCACAGUCUGCUCCCCAGACCCUUGAGGUAUCCACCUCAACAUCUGACAUGGGCACUUCAGCAAACAUCCCUACUGUUCUGACUCCAGGCUCUAUCCUGGCUUCCUCUCAGGGCAGUGGUAGCCAACAGAUCUUACAUGUGAUUCAUACCAUCCCCUCAGUCAGUCUGCCAAAUAAGAUGGGUGGCCUGAAGACCAUUCCAGUGGUAGUACAGUCUCUGCCCAUGGUCUAUACUACUUUGCCUGCAGAUGGGAGCCCUUCAGCCAUUACAGUCCCACUUAUUGGAGGAGAUGGCAAAAAUGCUGGAUCAGUGAAAGUUGACCCCACUUCCAUGUCUCCACUGGAAAUUCCAAGUGACAGUGAGGAGAGCGCAGUUGAAAGUGGAUCCUCAGUCUUACAGAGUCUACAGGGACUACAGCAAGAACCACCAGCAAUGGCCCAAAUGCAGGGAGAAGGUUUGCUUGACUUGAAGAGAAGACGGAUUCACCAAUGCGACUUUGCAGGAUGCAACAAAGUUUACACCAAAAGCUCUCACCUGAAAGCUCACCGAAGAAUCCAUACAGGAGAGAAGCCUUACAAAUGCACCUGGGAUGGCUGCUCCUGGAAAUUUGCUCGCUCAGAUGAGCUCACCCGCCAUUUCCGCAAGCACACAGGCAUCAAGCCCUUCCGGUGCACAGACUGCAACCGCAGCUUUUCUCGCUCUGACCACCUGUCCCUGCACCGCCGGCGCCAUGACACCAUGUGA